AUGUUAGGUAAAUAAACAUAUUCUUUUAUUUAUAUAUGUUUUUGGGGGCAUUUUUUCGACAUUUAAUUUGAAAAAAGUGUAGUUUUGAUAAUUUCUUAUUAGUUAAUUCCUCAUAUCCAUUGUUUAAAUCCUUAAUUCAUUCAUUUAUUUAUUCGAACAUUAAAUGCGUCAACAUUCAUAAUAAACUGACACAAUUUGUGUCGUCAUAUAUAUUCUGUUUCUCUUCGAUCGCAAUAGACGACUGAAGAAGUCGUAUGACAAGCAGACACGCGAGUGAGAGGAAAAGAGCGAGAGGUCGGCGGCUGACGAAUGCAAUGAGCGAGCGAGGCUUGGGACAACACAAAUACUACUCUACUACUAGUAGUAGAAAAAAGGGUACUUCGAUAUCUAAUAGACAUCAUUGAUUGAUUGGAGACGCAGUGUGCGUCUCUUUUCUCUCUCUUUUCGCCGAUUUUUUUGAACCUGGCACCACCUCCGAUAUCUUUUUUUUUUGCUUGUUGCUUUGUCACUACUACUAUCCUUCCGGCUAAUUUUUGGCGGUAAGCCAGGGGUAAAAAAGUGCGUGUGAAUGUUUUUGCAACUCUUUUUUAUUUCCUUUUCAUUAUUUCUUUUCUGUUAGUCCAAAGAAUUCUUCAAAGAAGAAUAAAAAGCUGUAUAGACUGUGGGAAUGUGUUUUUGUAAUGUGUUGGUGUUAUCUUUUUUUUCUUUUUUAUAUUUUCUGUUUCAAAAAGUGUGUUCAAACUUCAUCCCGUUUUUUUUUCUUGUUACCAUCUAUCUAAUUUGAAUAUCUAUCAUCUUCUUUUUUUUCCAUGCCUUUUUUGUUUCAUCAAUCAAAUGAUCGCUGUUCUAUUCUAUAAAAGGUGAACCCGUGCAUUUUAUUUUUUCUAUAUUCAUAAAUGUCACUUUUUUUCGUACUUUUUUUCUCUCGAAAAAAGUUCUGUAAUUGACGGGCGUUUUCUUAUUGUUUCUUUCUGAAAUCUUUUUACAUUGCUCAUUAUUUUCUUACAACGUCAAUUCUCGAUUUUUCUUUAGAAAAAGUAUUUUUCUAGAUUCUCACUUUGAUUUUUUUCGAUUUCAUACAAAAAUUGCUAAUUGCAUCUUAGAGCUUGUUAAAAUUGUGAAAUCGAAACUUGUUUUGCCUUCGAAAUCGUCAAACAAUAACUAAGAUCAUACCUCUGAAGUUUUUUACAGAACAAUUUACUCUGAAAAUUGACUUUUGAAUUAAACCGUGUGGUAUAAUCUUAGUACAUGUAUCAAAAAUUAAUCUUAUUUCUCAAAAUGUUUGUCGUGAGAACCUGAAGAGAUUUUUGAAAGUCAAUUUAAAUGCACACUUUAAAUUUAAAUAAUAGUGAGAUAUGAACACAAAUCACCCCAAUUAAUUUAUUUGAGAUGUGAGAAAAUUAGCUCUUCAUCAGUGUAAUUUUUAGUUGAACCGAGCCUCCCAUUCAACAAAAAAUUGCUGUUCUUCAGACAAAGAUGAGUAACAGACAUUGAGAGAACUUUGAUGUUUCACAAACAAAAAAUACACACAAUAAUCACCUUUUUUCUAACGCAAAAGAUCAAAAAUCAGAUAAAAUUGAGAACAUAGUGAUAUAUUAUUACACACCCAUUUAUCUACAUGAGAAUAUAUAUCUUUUUGUGCCAUGACACAAAUUAUUAUUUUUUAGUCAAAUUGUGUAGUUUCGAUUUUUUUACGAUUCGAAAAUUUGCAAGAACAUGUCGUAAAAUCCUGCAGAUAUUUAUUUAUAUUGAUUUUGAUUCUACAUUUUUGUUACUAACUUAUUCUUAAAAAUAAAAAAAAUAUUUAAUAAGUAAUUUCCAACAAAAAAUCGGGUCACGUGUUUUUUUUAGUUCUAAUUAGAUUAAUUGUCAAGAAUUUUUCCGAGAACCAAUACUAAAAUGAAUCUGGAAAAUGUGUGAUAACAACUUCCGGUUUAAGCUAAACUUGUUUAAUAUGUUGAAAAAUAUAAAAUUCUAAACAAUUUUUUAUAUGAACAUAUCAGAAUGUCUGAAACUACUAUUCGAAGAAACAUAUCUUUUCAUUUUUUUUCAAAAAAAUAUUUUCGAUUAAUUUUUUUCCUCUCUAAUUCAAAAAUAUAUUUUUGAAAAAAAAACCCGUAUAAUAUUGCUCCCCGCUGAGAAUAAUUGUAUGAAUAUUGUUUUUCUUGGAAAAGUACAAAAUAGGAGAGAAUCACCUGCUGAUACCAUUGAAACGUUUUGUCGGGAGAACGACGAAAAAAACGAGAGAAAGAGUAUAUUUGUAUGUGUUUGUCUGUGUGUGAUUCUUGUUAAAUGCGUCAUCUCAUGUGACUGACCUGCUGCUACUUUCGCAACAAAACUUUUUUCUCGUUAUAGUUCGCAUUUCCAGCUCAGACUUGAUUUUGAACUUUUAUUUUUUCAGCUCUUCUUUCAAGUCAUUCACUAUUUUUUGCCGAUUUUAAAUCGAAGUUUUUCGGGUAAGAUACUUUUCGGGUGAACUUUGAUUAAAAAAAAUUGAAAGGAAAUUAAAUCUGGCUGUUUUAAUAAAAAAAAGAUUUUUUCCAAUUAAAAUAUUUCGAAAAUCCUUUUUAAUUGGAUAUGUGCACAUGUAAAUUAUUCUAAUAAUUAAACUAUGAAUCAUUUUUGUUUGCGAAGUUUCAGGAAAUUUUCAUUCUGAUUUUUUUUGAAAAAUUAAAAUUAAAAGUUCCUAUAAAAAUACCUCUAGAAAAAUUGAAAAAAUGCUCAAAAAUCACAGGAGCGAUUAAUUUCAUCCUAGUCCUCGUGCAUUGAAAAAAUCGAAGUUGUUCAGAGUUUAAUUAAAUUUUUCAUUUUAGACAUUGAGGCCAAAAUUCUGAAAUUGAAAAAAAUCCCGAAAAUUAAAUUCAAUUACGUCACAUGCACAUUUAAACUUUAGAUUAAUUAAAUUCUUCAAAUACCCCCAAAAAAAUCACAGAGGGACUAGUUUUUAUCCUAAUACUUAUGGACUUUUUGAUGUUUUCCAUGAUUAUUUUCACAGCUCUAAAAGUAUUUUCAACAAUUCAUCUUAUUUCAGAGUAGCAUCAUCAAUAUUGUAAUUAUUGUAUUAAUAAAAGAAGAAUCUAUACCCGAAUUAAAUAUGAUGCAAGGUGUUCUAGCUUUAUGUCAUUUUUGUGAAACCGAUGGACCUCGUGUAGUUAUGACACAUCAACCAAUGAAAGAUGAUUUUUCUAAUGGAUUAUUUGAAGAUGAUUUCCUAGCUGCAGCUGCAACAUCAAUGGAACCAUCAACGAGUACAGCACCACAGGGUCCAAUUCGACAUAUCUCACAGGUUAAAACAAUCAAAAAGUGUUGUAGAUGAAAUUGAACUUUAUUUGAUUUUCAGUACGAUUACUUGGAUCACGAUGAACAUCUUGACAAAGAACCACAAUAUACGAAAUUUCAUUACGGUUUUAUUGAUUCAAAAAAUAUCAAACACAGCGAAGACGGUCAUCGGUAAGUUCCAUAGAACAUUUUAUCACAAGUGAAUUGUUCGAGCUUUCACUUGAGAAUUUUCACGGAAUGUUUGUUCUCUAGUAUAUUUUAAGCGACUGAUCACGGUCCCAUUGUAAAAGUUCUCAUAUCUCAACUCUAAAUAUGAGUUAUGACGUGGCAAGUUUGAAUACUUUGAAAAAUCCCUUUAUUAGGCUAUGAAUAGGUAAAAAAUAAUUUGAUGAAAAUUAAAAAUAGUUUGAAAAAAUAAAAUAAAAACUAUUUAAUAAUGCCACGUUUCAGAUGUGAUUCGUGUUAUUCAUUUCGAGAAGGACCAUUUCUAUUAUCUAAUGAUCAUGAUAAUCGUAUCAGUUAUAUUUCGUCUCAGGUAAGUUACUAUUACUAUUCAAAUCGAAUUAUCUGAUUUCAGACAGCAUUACAACAAACUGCUUAUGAAAGAAUACGCAUAGCGUGUAUAAAAUCGUUAAGUAACGAAAUUGCCAAACUUCCACCGGAAAAAUCGUCGAUAACAUCGAUAAAAUCGACAAAAGAUCCGCCACUUAUUCCUCAUCCUAUUUUUCCACCAAUUCGAAUUAUAACAAGAGAUACGACAAUAUCUGAGAGUUCACGUAAGUAUUUACAGAAAAAUUUACAAAUUCUCUUUAAUUGGAUAUCGACUAAACUGACUAAAUUACAUUUUCAUAUUUUUCGCACAAGAAAUCUUGAGUUUUUAUAAGUAGAAAAUAUUUAUAAGUAGAAAGCCUAAGACAAUUCGAAUGACCCUAAUUAAAUAAAAAUUAAGGAAUUAUAAAAUAAUUCGUCUUUGUACUUUCAACAUGAUUAUUGUUGAUCUCAUUUCCGAGAAUUCUCAUUUUGUGUUCCAAUGACGUCAUUUGAUACACAAAUUCGAUGUAGUUUAUUAUGUUUGAUAAUAAACUACCGGCAGCAAAAAAAACGUUUUCUGGCGCCAAAGAUGGAAUUUUAUCUUUUUAUGUACGUUUGUCACAUUUAUAUAGAAUUGAAAAGGGUCGAGUUGGAAGUAAAAAAGAAAGAUCACAGAGGGGAACAUCACAACAAUGAAGCACUUUAAAAAUGACAAUUCAAAAAUAACUAAUUAACUAAAAAUAUAUAAAAAAUAACUAAAAAUAAGUAAAUCGGAUUUUGAUUAUUAUAAUUUCUGAAUUGGACUAAGGGUCCAAGUUCUGAAAUUCAUGUAAGAUAAAUCGAAGUAAUAACAUGAUUGAUGAAAUAGAGAAUAACAGUUAACGAACAGAGCCAAUUAUCAUUAAUGUGAAAAAUUAAACCAAGGCAAGAACUUGGUAAUCACAAAUCAUACUAAUUUCAAAAAUGUCUGAGUUUCAGGGAUUUUCAAACAUGAUAUUUUGCCCAGAAAAGAGUUUUGAGCAUUAUUUAUUGUCCUCUAUAAUUACAGAAAUGAAAUGGUAUAAGAAAAAUCUAUUUUCUUCAAUUUUUGUUGAUUUCAGAAGUUUCUAGAAAAUCUUUAUAACAAAUAAUUUUAAAAGAAAAUGAUCCGAGGUCCGUUGGAAAAAUACGUUGAAUUUAAUAAAAUUCAGAUACGAAUGAUUGCCGGACUAAUUUUUUUUAGAAAUGAAUACUAUUUAAAAUUCGACGAAGUUCACGUUUCAUAAAUAUUGAUUUGAAUUAUAAAUAAAACAUAGUUAUAGCUUCAAAGUGGAACAAAGUAUUUGAAAAAUUAUAAAAAUCGAUCAAACUUAACUCUUUUGUGGUUGAACAGUGUAGAUUUACAGCGUAAUAGUGAAUAUUUAUUUUUUUAGUGGCAUAUUGCCAAAAACACUUCGAUAUUCCUAGUCCAGAUGUGAGUGGCAAACCAAAACAAAUCAAGAACUGCAAAUAUACAUCUGGACUACUACUGUCUAGAGAAUGUUAUACAAUGUGGAAUAAUCAAAGAAAAUUUUGGUGCAGCUUAUUAAGCUUAAGUCAAGUAUUGAAAUUACACUUCGUUUCAACCCUGUGUUGGGACGAACAAAUAGAGAAAACGCGAAGCAGACACAAAAAAACCCCGAAAAUUGAAAAAAUGAGAAUUCAUGGACCAUCGAUUCAGGACCCAUCAGUUGGCAGGUUGCCAGCCUUUCUAAAUUUCUCGGUAUUUUUAGUUUCGCGGUUUUUCUAUCGCACUCUGCACGCUCUCUCUAUCUCUAUUUUGUUCGCCCUGAAACGAAGUGAUUUUCUUGAUAAAAUCAAUAAAUCAUAUAAAAUAAUAACCAGAAAGAACACAUUAUCAAAGUUUUUACGAGUUGAGAACAAUAAUUUCAAAUAACCAAUAAAUGCAACUACCGCAAACAGUAGAAAGUUAGAAAAAUAAUAAAAGGCUCCUAUAACAGAAAAUAUUGCACUUUCAAGUUUAAUCGUCGUGGGUGGUCUCGACUAAUUGAUUUUAUAAUUAUUAAGAAGAGUUGUACGAAAGUUCAGUAAAAAUAGACUAUAGGAAAUUACGUUUCUAAAAAUAUGGUAGGAUACUUCGGUUUUUUAUUGCCAAAAACUAUUAUAUGUACUAUUAAACUUAGGGAAACUUUCAAAAGUGCAUUAUCUGCAGUCACAAUACACACAAACUUACGACACUAUGGACAUUUUUAGGAUUCAGAGGAUUACUGUAAUUGAAAUUAAUGGUGACACCUGUUUUCUAUUCACAGUGGACAAUUUUAAUAGGAACUCUCAUAAUUACAACAAAUUACAAUUUUAAUACCCACCCGCUAAAUAAAAAAAACUAACUUUCAAUUUUUCAGAAGCCAAUUCACCUCGAAGUCCAUCAGCAGCUUCAUGUAUUUCAAAUAUAAGUGAUAUUGAUAUAAACGGGUUAUUACCAUUAUCAAAUGGUUCAACAACGGAAGAAGAAAAAGACGGGCGAUUAGUGUUUGGAGAUGCUGAAAGUGGAUAUACAUUUUCAUAUUCAUUUCGGUGAGUGUCAAAAAUAGCCACAAAAUAAAAAUAAUAGAGAAAACGAACAUGUGUGUGUGUAUGAGAAAGGGAAUUCUUGCGAAAUGAAUAGAAUGGUGUGGUGUGUUAUGAAAUAUAAAAGAAAGUUGGAGAUAGAGAGACACAGACUGUCAAAUGGUGUAAUGCUUUUUUUGCUACUAACAGAAAAAGGGGAGCAAAAAUGUUGGGGGAAAAAAGAUAGUUUUGAAGACAAAAUAAAUGUUUUUUUUCUCAAAUACAGAUUGUACGAUUGUCGAGCAAGAGGAUAUCUUCGAAUGUAUUCUUUGAUUAUGAAUAGUACGGAUCGACAAGUUAUCACAAAAAAUUUGGAAUUUCUACAUUCGGCUUUUGAAUACAUCAAGCUUCAGCUACAGGUAUAUCUCAGUAAUAUUAGUUAUGAUAAGUUAGACAAUUGGAAGAGGCCUAGAAAAUCCAAUUUUACCGUAGUUAUUUUCGAGAUCAAAAAGCUUCGAAAAUUGAAAUAUAAAAUUUUUCAAAUUUAAAUUAAUUUUUCGAUUAGUUUUUUGACAGUAAAAAAAUUUAAACAUAUAUUUUGCAAUGAAAAAUGGUACUUUAGUAUCUGCAUCAUUUUGAUUUCAAAAAAAUUGGGUGCUAGCCCAUCUUCUAACUUUCUAAUUUUUUAUUUCAAAAAUUAACUAAUAUGUUUAUUCCAGAAAAUGUCGAAAGAAACAUUUGAACGAGAUUUACGACUGAAUCCUUCUUUGAAGAAAAUGGAUUACAAGAAAGUGAUCGAUAAGAAUUUUGAGAAGUUUUUUUGCGAUUCCAGAACUGUGAGUUUUUUAAUUCAGAAUUUCCAAUUUUUAUCAUUUAAAAAUUUUUGAAACGGUUAAAAUAAGAAAACGAGAGAUUUUUGAUGAAUUUUAAAUAAAAAAUAAUUUCUUUUAACACAUUAUUGUAUAAUUAUGAUUUAUUGUGUAAAAUUAACAUAAUAUUGCAUCCAAAGUCAACAUUCGAAUAUUUAUCAAAAGUUUCGUGUUACAUUUUUAAUGAGACUCGCUUAUUUUCAAAGAUUUGUAGGUGUUCCUUCAUUUUGCAAUAGGAUUAGGCUUGUAACAAUUUCGCUAAUAAUUUAUUAGUAUAAAUUGUUGAACAUUAUUAUCUAGGACAAGUCGAGAAACUGAGGUUUAAUUUUUUAGUUCAAAGUGCAUUCAAAAAACUCCCAUAAUAGUCAGAUAAAUUCAUGAACUUUGAGAUUAAACAUUUUCAAUUCAAAAUAAAAACAAAUCGUUGAUACAUAAAUCCAAAGUACAAUAGAAUUUAUUGAAAAUUUGAACAUAUGUUCAGAGAAGUGAAUUUUUGUUUCAUUUUGACUAGAGUCUUGAUUCUCAAAAGCUUUAAUUGUAGUUACGCUAAACGUUUGAAUGUCGAAAUUUCAAAAUGUUAAGAUCACCGUAGAAUUUUUGACGGAUAGCUUUUGUAAUUUAUGUAUGUGAUUUCACUGAAUUAGUUAAUUUUGAGCUCUAUUUUUUGUUUAUUCAUCAUUAAAUUUUGAAAUUCCAUACUAAUGUUUUAUAAUAUUUCCAGGCUGCUGGACGAUACAUUGACCGCAAUUUGAAAGAUAUCACCGGAAACGAAGGAAUUUGGCAAAUUCUUCACAAGUAAGUCUUUUUGCAAUACAAACCUCGUUUUUAUUUCUGAGAAAAUAUAAUAAUAAUAAUGAUGAUGCAAAUUUCGGGCAUAGAAAGAAUGAAAAAAGAACUGCAAAAAUCACAUUUAAUUUUAUUGAUGACGGAAAAAUCAAAGAAGACGCGAUUUUUUCUGAUGUUAGCGGAAAUUGAAAUUGUCUUCUUCUUCUUCUUCUUUAUUUUUUUUCAUAUCUUGAUUUAUUGAAUGGGAAGCUAACCAACUGUGUUCAUAUUUAGAUAUAUUUAUAUGUAUAUAUAUUCACAACAAUAUUAUUUUCACCACGGCUUCGUAGUGUUAUUUAUUUGUUUUUCACGCCGAGAGUCAUUUCUUGUUUGAAGUGUUGAUGAGAAGCAAUGAAAAUGAUCGUGAACUGUUCUUCCGAUCGCUCGGAAGAUCAAGAAUUAUGAUGUUGAUCUUUGAGAGAACAAUUCUCUUCACCAUUUCAGAAGUUUUAGUUCCCUAUUGUCUUUUUCGAAGCUUAUCGACUCAAAAUCUAUGGCAUUUUGAAUUUCCCUGUGGAAUUCCAGCAGUUUUCUUUUUUUUUAUCCUCAGGUCAUUCAUCUUUAUCAAUGUGAACAAAAGGAUGAAUGAUUGAACAUUCUGUGAGCCCUUUUUUUGCCUGUCGUUCCAUUCUUUUUUGUCUAGAUUUUUUCGAUGACAAAAAGUCGAGCAAUAUUUGUCAAUCAACAAAUAUAUUAUUGAACAGUCUGCCUGGAUUUUGAAAAGCUUUGUGUGUGUUUUUUCUAGCUUCUUUAUGUAAACAAUUUUGGCCACCUUGGUGGAAAACGAGGAUUUUGUUUACAAAUUACAGUAUGCCUGAUGUUCAGAAGAACAUCUGCAUCUCAUUAUUUUUUAUCCGUUUUCUUCAUCAAACUCAUGUUUACACAUUUUUUGCUACUUCACACCACACGCUUUUCUUCCUUUUUGCUUUUCAUCAUCUUAUUCUUCUUAUAACCAAUAAAUGAUCUUUUGAUCUCUUGAAUUUAGGCGAAACUCUUUUUAGCAUCAAAUUUCUUCCGUUUUUGGAUCGAAGCUUCUUAGUUUGAUAAGGUAUUGUUCCACGAAUAUUAUGUUUCUCUCGGAAAUUCGAUUCGAUAUUGUGUUCCUUUUUAAGAAAAGACCACCCAGUAGGUUUAGUCAUUAUUUCUUUUUCGUCUUUUCUAUAUCGAGUUUCGUUUUUCUAUUAUUUCUACACUACUCUACCGUGUGUUAGUCCAUUUUCAAUGUUGACGGGGGGCGAAAGUGAGCGAAGCAUAUGAAGAAGAAGACGAAAUUUGACACGGGUUGUGCAAACAAACAAUGUUUUUUGUGGGUCUCCUCUCGCUUUGAAUUUCUUCAUUCUUUUAUUUUUUCGUCGCUCUGAGUUGGGAAUCGUUUUCACAGUAAAAUAUGUAUCUCCAUUUGAAAUAUUGACAUUGGAUGCGCGAAACAAAGUGGUUUGUAUUUGUGAGCAACAAAAAUAUUAACAGAGAAAUUGAGAAAAUGUGUAUUUAUACAAUGAUCCUUUUCAAAUUGUACAAAGUUGAUGUUUUGUUUCGAUGAUUCAAAAAAUCAAAGCUCCUAAUCUGAUGUUACAUUUUUUUCCGAUAAAAAAGUAUGUGCUGGGAAAAAAAAAUCAAUUUUGCGGUUUUUUGUGCCGGGGAAAAGAUAUCGAGAAGCUGCUCCCCAGACAAGAGCUAUGAUGAUCCGAACAAAAUUUGAUCGAAGACUUGUUUUGAUGAGAAGAUGACACUGAGAAAAAAGACCACCUGUGAUGUCUGCUUCACAUUUUUUGUUGCGACUUUUCUUCCUUCUAACAAGAAAAAAAACGCAAUUUCUUUGAAUGUGGUUAAUAACAUUUUUUCAAGUGGAAUCUCCCUUGUUUUUCCUUGAAUAAUUCUCUUCAAAAAUGUCGAUUCUAGUUCUGUGUAGUUUGAUGAUCGAAAGGCCGUGAAAAAUUGGAUCGAUACUUUAUAUGAAUGAAAAAGUUGAAUAAUAGUUUGGAUUGAAAAUGCUCUAAAAAAGAAAAUGAGAAAUUUAUUGAUUAUGACAGAUUAAAAUGGAAAAUUGAAACCUCUGACAAAAUCAGAAUAUUUCAAGAAAAGAACAUCAUGUGAAGGUGAUUUCUGAAAAGGUUUCUGGAUAUUUUCGAUUUUCGGAAGUAUGUAACUAAAAAAAAUGACUACAGUAGACUUUGUCGGUGCCUUUGAUCUUUUUUACUGAAUAAAAAAAUGAAAUUUUUGGUUUUCUAGGCCAUAUUUGUUCUUUUUCAAGUGUUUUUUCAAAGGCCUUGCUUACAUUACAAUUUCACACGUCCCUAUCGAGAUUCAUACAACACCGUGAUUUGUUCAAUACAAUUCCAUAAAAAUAUUUUGAUUUUUGAACCUUAUGAUGAAACAUAGUUAGUUGUUCUUGUCGCCAAGCUCAACAUUAUGUAUUAUUUGUUCAUCAAUACUACUUGCUAUGCUACUUGAUCCGUUGUCCGCAAUUUUCUCUUUUUGUGCUGCUGCACAAAUGAAAUUGUGUUGUUCAAACUAGAGAUUUUUAUUAAAAAUAUAAUAUUGAUUUUAUAUAUAAAUGAAAAGAGGACAAUCGAAAGUUUAUUGUGCAAUUUUGUUGUUGUGUUGUUGAAUAAUUGUUAUAUUCUCACACACGCGAAUAUGACGACUACCGUAUUAAUUGUGGCGCAAUCGAUGAGCAGGCGGUAGUAGUUUGUGAUCUAAUUGUGCAAUUUUUUUGUUUUGGUGGUUAUGCUUUAUUUUAUAUUUACAUAGAGUGUAGUGUAAUAUAUGUAUAUUUAUAUAACGUAAAUUGAAAUUUAAUUUUAAAAAUGUCACAUUUCGCUUGUCACAUCAAAAAUCACUGGUUUCUUUGUCUGCCUGUUUUCGUCCCAUCUGCCUUUUUUCAUUCAAAUUAGACGAAGAAAGAUGUUGCGAUUAAUUGGAAUAAUGAACAUGCAUUAAAAAAUUGUGUGUCUAUGUGAUCUCCUUGUAUUUUAGUGGUUAUUAAACCACUAGACACCGUAUUCCCCAUCUGGAAGUAGCACCUGGCCGAUUUGCAGAAAGAGGAAGAGGAUAACAAUAACCCUUUGGCAGGUGUACUUUUUUCUCGUAAAUUCAUUGAUGUUCGAAAGAAAGUGCUUUUAAAAGGCUGUAACAUUCGUUUUUUUCUUUGAUGAUAUGGGAAUUUCUACUAAAAAGCAGACGGCUGUUAUUAGUUUUAUGAUGAGGAUUUUUUUCUAAAGAGAAGACGACAAAAGGUCAAUUAAACGAGAAAAUUCGGUCUUUUUUCUAGAAAAAUGCUGUUAUGGUCGUGUUUUUUCAAAUUUUGAAUUCAAGUAAGCAUUGAUCCAUCUGAAUAUAGUUGUUCAUAAAUCAAACGGAUCUCAGAUUUGGUUUCAAAUGACGAAAUUUGGUAUUUUUGUUGUUAAUAAUACAAACUUUCGAUUCUUCAUCCAACCUGCCUGAUCUAUCUAGUCUAGUAUUGGUUUGUCGACCUUCUUCUUAUUAUUCUCUUUCCUUAUUCUCAACAUUUUGUUGUAUUUUUCUCCUUUUCGACGAUGUUUUUUGUGGUCGUCGGUUCGUUCUUCUUCUGUUGUUCCUUCUUCAUUCUCCUGUGCGCACACAUACACACAAACAUCCCAUUCUCCGUCUCUUACCUCCUAUAAUGUUAAGUGGGCGGUCGUCUCUGGUCGUCUGACCACAUACAUCCAACCAUGAAGAGAAGAAGUAUCCUCUCCGCCUCUUUUUUGCCUCGCUCUUCUUUUCGUUUUUGUGUUUCGUCGUGUUCGCCUCAUCACUGCGGUUGGUUGGUUUGGGGCUGAGCUGCUUCUGAUGCUGUUUCUGACUGCUAUUGCUCAUUUCCUCACCCUCUACCCCCAGUCAGACUACACAAUAUUCUUGUUUUGUCUGAAAAUCGAGCACAAUUGUUUAUAGCGCUCAAGUGGAAGAAUUGAUUGGAAAAUUGUGCCUCAUAAUAAAUCUAGACGAAUACUGUAAUGAUCAGAUUCAUAUAAUUGACAGUUUCAUUGGAUUCAACUAUUGGUAGUUUUUGGGAAGUUAUUUGGGGUUAUUAGAAUCGGCGAGAAGUUGACUUCUGAUUGACACAUCUUAAACAUGCUUUCUAAAAAAAAAUAAGAGUGUCCAAUUUUCGAUUAUUUUUGAAGAUAAUAUUUCCACAACUCUUGGGGCUUCUAGAUUUUUUUUUCAAAAGUAUGAAAUGUUUUGUCUUGUGUUAGCAUACACUAGACAAAAUUUAUUGUUACUUUUUUGUUGCCGAAAUUCCCAAAUGCGCCUUUAAUCCAUACUACACUUCAACUUCAACGAAAAAAAUGCAAUCAAUCUAAAUCACGGCGUUUUUCUUUUGUUUUUCGACUUUUUGUUCCUCUAGAAAUACAGUAGUAUGUUUGAAGCUUUUUAUAAAUGUCUCUAUUUGCUCAUACAUGCAUAUAUGUGUCAUCUAACACCUUAAAAGGAACGAUCAUUGAUCAUCUAUUAGAGUAUUUGUUUAAUUAUAGGGGUUCCCCCAUAUUAUAUGUAACCUCAAUUUUUUGGUUUAUUUUCAUGCAUAUUAUAUUUGUUGCGUGAAUGCCACGUUGUUAGGAAUCAGUACAUCGUUGAAGAAAAAGUGCAAAAAUUAGCGGCUCAUCCUUCUUUUUUUCUUCUUCUUCUUCACACAUGCAUACAAAUCCAAUUAGGAGUAGAAUGUACUAACAACCGAAUAAAGCGAAGAAGAAGAAGAAGACGAAGGAGAAAAAAGUACACAUGGGCAGCAAAGUGAGAAAUUAGAAAUAUACAUCGACCAUGAAAUGAGGAGAAGAUGCGUGAAGAUGUUCAUUAACGAUAUGUGCGACGACGACGAAUAAUACUAGGAGAAAAGAAACAAGAGAAAACACAUAGGGACAACAAAGGCGCAUACGCACUUUUUCAUUUAUAAAUUAGUGUGUCGCUCACCCGAAAUUUCUUAAUUUACACUUUCAUUGACCAAUAAUGGAAAGAUCGAAAUAUCAGGCAAACUUUGAAGAGGUACUGUAGAUUGCGAGUUUUUGAAUGGAACCCGAUUCUGAAGAUAUCUGAAUGGGACCAGGAUGAUCAUUUGUUCAAUUAAAAUUGGAAAUUUCGUUGAAAAUCGUACCUGGUCCAUUUAUUUGGGGUUCAAUAGAUCUGAUUCAAUAAAUAACAAAAAUAUAGAAAAUCCUUGGAAACUAAGAAUUAUUUUAUUAGACUAUUGCUAUUUAAUAUGGAUCUCAGAAACUAUUCUGCAUUUUGCACUUUUUUCGUAAUAUUCUCAUGCGCAAGAAUUAUUUAUCUCUGAAUUUCGAACAAAUUCGAAUUAUUUCCAAAUUGUGAGAAAAAAUACGGUAGUUUUGCUCUUCUUCUUAUUUUCCUUCUUCUCAACUUUGUUUAAAAUGGGAAACAUUUUCGUAUACAUUUGUAUUUAUUAUAUUUUAUUUUUCUUCUGCUUAUAAAAGCCAAGAAUAAUACUUUUGAACAGAUGUUUUAUGUCUGGUUGAGCUCAAAAAUAGAAAAAAAAGGGAAAGAAGUGCAAAAUCACUAAUUUAUGGCUGUUGUUGUUAUACAUAAGAAGAGUCAUUUUUGAAAAAAAAAGGCAGAAGCUGAGAAGAAGUAGCACAAGUCCAAAUAUAGAUUAUUCACCGGUCAAGUUUUCUGCUUCAUUUUGCACAAGAAUUUCGUCUUCUUCUACUUCUAUUUCUUUUCAUGAUGUCUCUAUGCUUUUGUCUCCUUCUCUGUCUCGUUUUUCCUCUGAGCACUGCAAAGCUCUGGCUCUGUGAGCAAACUCGAACAAAUAAAAAAUGUUGUUUUUUUUCUUGAGAAGGAGGAGAUGAGCGACUCUUCGGCUUUUUUGUCGUCUUCGUUGUCGACACAAAAAGUUAUGAAGCAAAAAACUGAAAAAAAAAGCAAAAGUCAUUGAUUUUAGACAUUGUUGAUGUUCACACCAAUUAAUAUUCCACCCAAAAAUCUAUAUUUUCUCUACAUAAUCUCUCUUUCUCCUAUUUUUCUGUCAAUGUUGCGCAGUUUGCUUGGUUAGCAGUAGUCCAUGAUGAUUAUUAUUAUUAUCCUCUUCUUCUUCUUCUUCCCAUUUGGCAUUUUUCACCACCUGUCGAUAAUGUUAUAUUUCCAUAGUAAUUUUUAAUAUUGGCACGUUCCAUUUCGGCCUUGAGCUUUGAUGUUGUUGACGAAUAUUUGAAAGCUUCACUUUCAAAUGUUUGAGCUAAAAAUUUAACAUAUUCUGAGAAUUUCCGAUUUGGAUUCGAAAAAAUCAUUGAAAAAAGUUACUAUGUUAGAACAGAUUUGAGUUUCAUGACAGAUUUUUGUAAGUUUUUUUUCUCGAAAUUUUCGAGCAAAAAUCGAUUAUUCUAGAUUUUAAUUGAAAAAUUGUUGAAAUCCAACAAAAAUCAUAGAAAUAUUCCAAACUUUACCUUAUUAUGUAAUUUGGGACCAACGGAAGAGCCGCAAAAAAUAAAGAGUACUUGACUUCCUUUCGUUUCUUUAUUUCAUUUUAUUUGUAUAGGUUGGACUUUUGAUUUUUUGUAUGUUGGCUGUCUGGCGAUACAAUGUAGUGUUAUUUCUUUCUACAGUAGUUUGAGUUGUCUGAGCAUUUAUUCUUUUUUUUUCUCAUUGCGUUUUAAAAGUGCAAGCUUUGUUAUUUUCUUUUUUCUUGCUGGCUUUGUUCUACAAACGAAUUUAUUCUUUUCUGGGUCUUGAAACGAAAGAAUGGGUGUGUCAGAAGAAGAAGAAGAAGAAGAAGGAAUUUUUGAAAAAAGAGGAGCCCUGCUGUGAAUUCGACAGAAUUGUCACCUUGGGCGAAAAGAUGAUUGCGCGCCGCUUGAUUUUCAGACAGACAUUUGGGUUAUUAUUUGUAAUUGUCUAGAUUAUUAUUCAUCUUUCGUUUUUUUCACAGUUGAUUUUUUAAUCUAUUCGGACCCCCUGUGGCGAAGUGAAAAAUCACACCAAUUUGCGAACAUAAGUAACAGUAAUCUCAUGAGGCCACGCCUUUCUAUUUUUAUUUUUUCAUAUCUCGCUCACUCGUCGAACUUGGAUAACUGUGUCUUUUUUCUUUUUCUUCUUCUGCAAAAUAUUGAAUUUUCUAGAAGGAUCCUCCUCCCCCGGACUACUGUAGUUGGUCUUUCAUUUUCUAUCUAUCUAUGAAGAAGAUGAGCAGCAGACCACCCAUAUUAGUUUGCACUUUCUCUCUUUCUUCUUCUUUUUGUUAGUUUCAUGCAUUUAUGUGCUCAUUCUAUUCCAUUCCAAUUUUUAUUUUGCAUUCAUCCUGAAAUUUUUAUACUGAAUUGGAUGGGGGUACUGUAGAUGACAAUUAUUUGACCAAAUUUGGGUCGGCCUUGAACAAAACGAGUUUUUUAGGGGUGAGGAAGAGGGAAAGAUCAUAUUAUUAUAAUAAUACCAAUUAUAUUUUGAUUUUAUUAUGUUUUUAGUCUUGGGUCCUUUUUUCUCUUCAAAACGGCAGAAAUUCCGUCGAAUUUUUAUUUGAUCUAUUGGAAUAUUUUUGCUGUUUCGAAAAUAUUCGAAAUUUGCAUCAUUAAUAUUGUUGUCAUAUUUCUCAUCAUCUUUUUUUUUGUGAUUUUAAUAUCAAUUUGUUUUUUUUUGCAGGUAUAUGAUGUGGACCCUUCGAUCACCGGCAAUGACUUGUCGUGAUCAGGUGAUGGAGGGUAAACCAACUCAGGAUAUGAUGGUUAGUUUUUUAUCUCGGGGUUUUUUUUGGAGGGAAAUAGAUUUUUCGUGUGAAAUUUAUUAUUCUCAAUUCAUUCCAUGAAAAAUUCCAAUUCAAGCAUGUUUCUCGAUUUUUCUAUUUCAAAAGUCCUCAAUUUUUGUUACGUGCCAAAGUGGACCGCCAAAAGUGGGAAAGGAAAAUAUGAAAAAUAAUAAUAAUAAUGGAAAAAGUAGUGAAGAAGUAGAGAAAAGUGCAAAGUUGGCAAAUUGAGAGAUAUUUGGGUUAGAGACGCAGAGUAGGAUAACUGAGCCGAGUUGAAGGAAAAAAAGGCGGCAAUAUAAGCAUUGAGCCGAAAAGAAGAAAAAAGAAAAGGAAAACGCGUAGACGCGAAUUUAUGAGAAACGGAAAAUACACACAUAUUUAUGUGAAAAAAAGACAGAAUUUGAGUUUUUGAAGCUUAUUUUCAUUUUUAAGGGGUCAAGCGGGGUUUUUGAUGUUAGUGGAACUUAUAAUAUUCACACUUUGGGUUUCUUGUGAAUUGUAUCCAUUUUGAAAAAGUAAUGUUUUUUGUCAAUUUUUCCAGCACAUCUUUUUUUCUCAGUUUUUUCUACUUUACAAACAAAAAAAGAGAAAAAAUAACUAGGCGCGACCUCCUGCAAACAAUAAAAUGUAUAGAUUUUAUAUAUUUAUGUGUAAACAUUCACAGUUCUUUUUCUUCUUUUUUUUUCUCACUCGCCUCAAUGUUUACUCCGAUAUAGUUUCGAGUUUUUGAUGGAAAAGGGAUCGAAGCAAAAAAUAUAUGUAUUCAAAAACAUUGGGGGUACUGUAGAGCUAACAAGAAAAGGUUUUGCGAUAGGCUGAAAAUCGAGAGAAAAUUUUAUCGAUCAGGAUGAGACUUCUGAGCCAAGACUCAGAGUUCUAAAUUAUAAAAAUCGAUUAGUUGGCACCAAAUAUGUACCUGUAAAUCAUACUGUUAAAACAUUAUAGAAUUUUCUGAUAAUUUUAUGAUUUUAAAGUAACUCGAGUAUUUGUGAUAAUUUUGGCUCCAUUCUUAAUUAGAAGAUGAUUUUUUACAAUUUUUACACUAUAUUUUUCGUAAUAAUUCCUUUUCAUCGAACUUUUGGUUUUUAUCUGAAAGGUUUCUUGGUGUUGAGCAACAAUAUGAAAUUAGAAUAAUUGACGGUUUUGUGUUUUCUCAAGUUGACGGAAUUGCGUAAUAUCCACCAAUUGACAUGAUGACUUUUAUCUGAUUUAGAAAUAUGUGACAUUUCUCUUCGUUUUCCCACAUUUUCGAUAAAAUCAAAAUUUUGUGCACAUUUUUGAUUUCGAAAAAAAAUAAACAAAACUUGAUUGUUAUAAAAUCGUUUGAUUUAUUUUUUACAAUAUAAUCUGGACAAAGAGUUUGUAUUUCUCAAAAAAGUAUAUAAAACUGGUCCAAAUGUCCUUUUUUUUUGUUGUUUUGUCUGUUGUAUACGGGCUAAUUGUCGGUCGACAAAAAGUCAUAAAAGUGAUGGACAAUUAUUUCAUUUUGAUCAUCAAGGUUGGAGUUUUUUUUUGGGGGGAAGUACCUCGACAAAAUAGCGGAGAACAUAAUUAUGGGGUGUUGGAAGUGAAAUCGGAUUUAUACUCGUUUUUUGUUGGUUGAUUCUUCUCCCUACGGACCACAACAAGUUGAGAAUAAGCAGAAUAAGAAUAAGAAAAUGGGGGGAAAAAUAGGAGAUUUAUUUAUCAUGCUCAGCGAUCUUGCGCAAACGGAAAUUGUUGUUUUUUUCGCGCUUGGAAGAUGGAUGAAUUGGAUUAGUGAUGUUUGAUUGUUUUUGCUCAGCGCGUUAGAUACAGUAAUAUUAGACAUUUUAGAGUUGAGCGCAGGCUUGUGCGGAAAAUAGGUUUUCGGAAAAUUUCGGAAAACCGUGUUUUUCCGAAUCCGUCCGGUCGGAAAAAGUUUUCCGAAGUUAUUUUCCGACUUUUUAUUUUCGGAAAAAAGUUUUCCGACUGAUUUUUCCGACUUAAUUUUUCGGAAAAACGGAAAAUUUCGGAAAAAAUUUCAAUGAAGAAAUAAUAGGAAUUUUUGCUGGUUUUUGAGUUGUGUUGAAGUAGUUUCAACAAAUUCAGCAGUUUUCACGGUAUUUUGUCACUUUUGUUGAAUAUUACUAACAACUUACUAUAUUUUUCACAACUACCAAAAUUAUUUCGUGAUAAAAUUAGCAAAAAUUCCUGAAAAUCGCCUAUUUUUUCACUUUUUCGGAAAAUUAUUAGUCUCGGAAAAUUUUCGGAAAAUAAGUUUUUCCGAAAAUAUUCGUCGGAAAAAUUUUCCGACCAAAAGUUUUCCGAGUUUUUCGGCCGGAAAAUUUUCCGACUCGUAUUUUUUCCGAAAUUUUCCCAAAAAGUCGGAAAAUCGGAAAAAGCGUUUUCCGUUUCCGCACAAGCCUGGUUGAGCGCGAAAUUUCUUAAAAACUAGAAACAAUAAACAGGAUGAUUCAAUAAUUUGUUUUUUUUCAGGUUCUGAUGGAAUUGGAACAGGAGGCAAUACUCGAAUUGGAAUUAGACCAUCCAAAUCAACGAAAGGUAAGAGUUUUCGGGUUGAAGGGUCCUAUUUCGUACUAGAAGCUGACGUAGUUGGGACCUUCAUCUAGAAGCUUGCAAUUAGCUCUUCCGAGUGAACUUAUUCGCAGUUAUACUCAAUGAAUAAGUACAAUUUCCAAUCAAUUUUCCUUUCUAUUGAUCAAAAACCAAGUUGGCACUGAUCCAAAGAUGCCGCUUUUUGUGCAUUUUGUUUUCAAUGAAUAGACGGAGUUUUUGUUUUGAAAAGCAAAGUGUUGUUUGAAGGUCGUUGUUUAUGUGAAUAGUAGAAGGGGUUUCUAAAUACGUAUAAACAUGAAUACAUGUUUUUGUUCAACAUCUGUUAAGUUCCCCCAGUUUUUUUGGUAGUCAGUUGUAUUCCUUCUUCUUCUCCUGUAUUUACGACGAGAUUGGUGUGAGAAUAUUUUCACUUUUUUCUCGACAACCAAAAUUUGAAUAAUUAGAAGAUUUGCGUGAGAACUUUCUUUCUUACAGUAUCUAUUUAUUCAUAAUAAUAAUAACCGUAUUCUUAUUUCGAAAUAGUGCUUUUAUGAGACAAUUUUUUUCUUCUUAUUUUUUUCCUGAUAAGAAAUAUGCACUACUCUUUUCUUCAUAGUUUUAGUCAUGUUUAUUCUGAAUUAUGACGAAUAUCACCGCUUUUUUAAUCAAAAAUUAUGAAUUCCCGAAUAAAUUUUGGCAGAUUUUAAUAUACAUUUUCUCCCCAAUUUCUGUAGACGAUCUUAUAAUUUUUGGUUGCGAAAUAUAUUGUUCGUUGCUCGUUAUGCUAGAUUAUUCUUCGUUUUUUUUUCGAACCAUAGUUUUAUGCCACCUGUGUGCCCUCCUCGUAUUUUUAGGCAUUUCUUCAUUUUGGUAGCUCUGUACACAUCUGUUAUAUGCUUUUUUUCUGGCCUAAAUUGUAUUUCAUCAUUUUUCGACACUUGUAUCAUGUUUUGGCUAUUACACAUCGUAGACACAUCGAAAAUUAUUAUUUUUUUCAUUUACAAGGGGAGGUCACAAACUCACCGAAUAAACUUUGUGUAACUUUAGUAGUUUAAAAAAUCAUAGAGUGCACAACUCGCCCUAAAUAUAGUUAUGACGUGGAAAAAGAUGCCAUCAUUGCCGGACAUUUUUCGUAGUGUAACUCAUGUCAAAGGCAAUAUUUUUGAAUUCUCGGAAUGUCCGAUUUUCGGUCAAAUUAUCAACUUUUCCACGUCAUAACUUAUUUCGGACAAAUGAGUUAUUAUCUCUUGUGGUGACAAAGUUCCAGUAAAAAUUAUUCUGUUAGUUUUCCCAUGUUUAGUAUUUUUUUUCCUUUUUGGUAGCUCUGUACAUCUGUUACGCUUUUUUCUGGCCUAAACAUAUAUUUCAUCAUUUUUCGAAACUUCUGGACCAUAUUUUGGCUAUUACACAUUGUGAAAACACCAAAAAUCAGUGUUAUUAUUUUUUUUUGGUUGCACCCUUCCCAUCCCACAGUCCCUCCCUUCUUUUUUUCUGUUUUCUUUUUCAUCUCUCAUUUCUCGCCUCUGUGUGUUUUUUUGUUCCUCGGAGACAGUUUGGCUGGCGCUCACUUAUAUUCCUUUCCUCUAUUCUUAGUUUGUAUUUGUGGGGCUGUUUGUGUGCGUAUUUUUAUUAUUCUUAUUAUUAUUUCGUCUCUCUCUGAUGAUUAUAAUGCGAAUAUCAUUAAAUAUUAUUCCUAAUAUAGAUAUUAUGUCAACUCGUGAUAUGGAGUUGUUCUCAGAUCAAUUCAAAGAGCAAGUUCCUCCGAUUUUCGAGGAUCCCAAAAACUUGAUGUUUGUUGAGCCUUUGAAUGGUCAUCUUCCGAACUUGAAAUCAAUUCCGAUUCAAAUUCCUAGAAAAAUAAGCCAAGUAUGAUUUUAGAAUUAUAUCGAAAAUUAGCAUCAAUUUCUAAUACUUUUUUUGUUACAGAGGACAAUGGAACAAUUGGCUAAUCUGAAAAUCAUUGCACAACAAUUGCAUGUUUGUUCCGAACCUGGAGAUUUGGAUUUAUUAUUGAGACAAGUUACAACUGGAGGACAGGUACUGUAUUUUUUCUCUUCAUUUCUUAUUCGCUAGAAUGAUACCGUAAUUGACACCUUCUCGAUAACAUCGAUGUUAUCAAAUUAAGAAAUAUACGGUAGUUAUAUAAUUAUAAUCAAAUGAUUUUAUGACUUGAUACGACACGGUUAUCAAGGUUUUUAGAUAUUGAGAGAUAUAUUAUAAGAUUUUGCAGGUUGUUGUUGAAUCACGGGAUCCAUUAUUAAGCAAGCAAUCAGUUUUGGCAUUGUGUCAUUUGUUGCCAAUUGGAUGUUUGAAACUCAACACAUAUAAAGAUCAAUACAGACCAGAAGAUAUGUAAGUUAUAUCAGAGCACAAAAGAAACGAAAAAGAUUUUGAUGAUCAAUGAACAGUCGGCUGUUUGCUUGACACAAAUAUACAUUUGUAAUGUUAUAUGAUGCAGCACUUUCUAGCGUGUCUAUCUAAACUAACCAAUGUUUUUUUAUUUUUCAGAAGACGACUCAAUUUGAUUGGGGGACCUAUUAAUAUGGAUAUUCCAUUGGAAGUUUCGAAUGUUUUGGUUUUGAGAGUAACCGCAAGAGAAAAUCAUAAUGAUGAAAAUGAAUCGCUUCAAGAUUGUCAAAUCGAAGUUCGUCGUCGACCAGAAAAAGAGUUUAGCGAACCAACACCACAAAUUGUCAAAAGAAUGCGAGGACUUUUGUUGGAUCUUGAUGUAAAUGGAGCUGUUCUUGAAUCAGCAUUGAGAAAUACACGUGAUCAAUGGUUGGGAAGAGCUCGCAUUUUUUAUCAAAAGAAAAUGUAUUUGAUAAAAGAAGGAUACAAUCCAACAAUCGAGGAUUGUGCAGUUCCUGGAGCUUUCAAAGAAGAUGGACCAAUUCUUCAUUUUUGGCAAGAAGGACUUGCGAAUUCAUACAAAGCUCAUGUUGGUUUGAGUUUGGAUCCAAUUAAUUAUUCAAAUAUAAUGAUAUAA